AUGGGCACCAGAGCUUGGACACCAAAUCCACAUCGAGCUACUUCCUUGGAAGAUAAUGGAGUGCAGUCAAGACGUAGUAAAAGCGUUGGGCGUUACGUGGGAGUCGAAGCUGAGUUGCAGCAACAGCAGCAGCAUAGUCAUGUCAAUGGACGGAUGCAUCUGUCAUCAGAAACUGGAACCGACUUAGGUGGUACUCAGUUCGGUCCGUCACUAAUGCAACGCUACAGCACUAACCGCUUUGCUCUGGAGCGCUCUAGAACCCGACACUUCCACUUACCGCCUUAUCGUUUUGAGAAGCAGCGUUGCCGCAUGGAGCCUGCGCUGCUUCCGCCUCCCAUGCUGCCUUUUCCGGAAACAGCUCGAUGCUUACACUGUGGUUUGCCGUGUUACAGCUUAUCAGGGAGUGAAGUGGAAUAUAUUUUUAAGACGUUUGGUGAGAAAGACAUCCAUAAGCAAUGGUUCGCAGAGCAGCUGGAUGAACUGAUCAAAGCUACAGCAAUUGGACAGCGUCUGGAUCAGUCCGCCACAUACUUACAGAGUUUGAUUGAUUGCUUGAAAGCGUGUACUACUAAUACCAAGUCUUCACGACCACUGCUUGCCUACACAUCAUCUGAUAAAUGCCACUGUCGCCUGCAACAACUCACAAAUGUUACUUCGCCUUUCUUUCCUUCCACAGUCUGCGCAGGUCCGUACCUUCAUCAAAUUCACGUGGUGUUUGUUCUAACAACGUAG